AUGAAGAGGAUUACGCUGGUUGUGGUAGUUGCCGUGUUGUUUACGUGCUGCAAUGCUGCGGAGAAUGUUAGUAAGGAUAAAAAAGAUGUUGCAGUAUUAGAAAAUGAUUACUCAGAAUCUGGCGAGGAUAAACUAGAAGCAGGCAUAGGUGAAACAGGGUCCAGUAAGAGCAAAGAUGUGCACAAGCGUGGAGUUUUUCACUAUGGAACGUUGGGAUCUCAUGCAGCAUGGCCCAAGUCUUACGCUGGGCAUUAUGGGUAUGGUGUAGAUUUUCCCAGUUCGUUUUCUGUAGGUGCAGUUGGUUCCAGCCAUCAUAUCCAUGUUCCAGGAUCAAUAAAGUAUCACAGUGGAAUUCAGUACAAAGGUGUUGUUCCAUCUAGUGUAGGGGCUGUUAGCACGACUGUUAUACCAGCGGUGUCGACGUUGAGUCCAGUUCACACACACCAAGUAGCUGCUGCUGCUGCUGGUAGUGUACCCUACGUCAUCAGACCUGGUGGAGCAGUUGUGCAGUCUUAUAGCGUAACUUACCCUCAUCAUAAAAGCAUUGUUGGUGUUAAACCGGUUCAUAGUUAUGGGACUGUUGCACAUGCUGCUGGUGCUGCUGUAAAUAGCAUUCAUCAAGCAAUUCAUCAUGUUCCAGCGCAGCCAAUACAGCCUGUGGUGCAAACAUAUGUGCAACCAGCAACUGCCGUAGCUCAAGCUGUUCCUUCCGUAGGUGUAGUAGCACAAUUUGGUUCUGGUAAUUUCGGUCCAGUAGUGACAGAAUUUCAGGGAAGUCCUUCGUUUGGAAAUUCUGGAACAUUUUCUGUAGUUGGUGGAGAGAGUAGAACGCCUGUGGUAGCAGCAGGUGUACCUAAUGUGGCAGUUGUCGCAGCACAGGUGCCAGCUGUCCCAAAUGUGCCUGUUGUCGCAGCACAGGUGCCAGCUGUCCCAAAUGUGCCUGUUGUCGCAGCAGCAGCAGCACCCCAACCUCAACCGCAUGGUCCAAAUGUUUUUUAUCCAGUUAACAUUCAGCCACCAAUUGCCCAACAGCCACCUACAUUCGUUAAUGUUCAGCAGGCAGGAAUUGGGCAACAGGCACCUACAUUCGUUAACUACAAUCCGAAUGUUGAAGUUGGCACGACGUUUGUGCCUGUUGGUGGAAGACCAAAUCAGAGCCAGCCAGAUUUCGGAAGCAAUGAAGCAGCACCUCAGAUUCCCGUUCAAGCAACUGCAGGUGGUCAAGCAGAAGCUGAACUGCCAGCUAUUCAGCCAGAGCCUAGCCAAGAAGCAUGGAAGCCUGUGUUAUAUCAGCCUCCAAGCGUACAAAGUGAAGUAAAUCGUCCUUCCAACACACUUUUGCCACCUUACGGCAGCACACCGGCACAAGGUAAGUAGAUAAAAU